CCUCACUUUCACAAUGGGAUGGACAAAAUCUGCUCGAGGAAAUUUAUCUUUGCCAAUAAUCACAAUCAUUAUAUGUACAAUAGGUUUCAUUUCUCUCUUCUACAUUGACAAAAUCAGUACUUAUCACUCUGUUCUCAGGUUCAAACCUUGUUCAAAAUGCACCUUUACAAAGUCUAACAAAUCUCAUACAGAUGUAAAAAGAUUGGAAAACAAUACUCUAAACGAGUAUGAUCGCUAUGAAUGCAAUCAUACUGAUGGAAAUUGGGUGUUCAAUACUUCAAUUAAGCCAUUGUAUACGGACAGGACUUGUUCAUAUAUUGACAGGGAAUAUGCUUGUGUUAAGAAUGGCCGAAACGAUUCAGAUUAUCUAUACUGGGAAUGGCAGCCUGAUGACUGUGUCUUGCCAAGAUCGAACAUAGGAGUUCAAUUCAAAGACUAG